AUGGUCAGAGUGAAUGUACUUGCUGAUGCGUUGAAAUCAAUCACCAAUGCUGAGAGAGCUGGCAAACGCCAAGUUCUCAUCAGACCGUCAUCAAAGGUCAUUUGUGAGUUUUUGAAUAUCAUGAUGAAACACCAGUACAUCACUGAUUACACUAUCGUCGACGACCACAGAUCGGGAAAGAUCGUUGUCAACUUGAACGGAAGACUUAACAAAUGCGCUGUCAUCUCCCCAAGAUACAACGUUGCUGUUGAAGAGUUCGACAGCUGGGAAGCCAACUUGUUGCCAUCCCGUCACUUUGGUGCUAUUGUUUACACAACAUCUAUGGGUAUCAUGGAUAACACUGAAGCCAGAGCCAAACAUACUGGUGGAAAAAUCCUUGGAUUCUUCUAUUAA